UCCGGGGGCGGGGGGUGGCCCCCGGGGCUAUGAAAGGGGCCGCGUCCGCGCCCGCCCCAGAGCCGCUGCCGCGCCGCGCCGCUCCGCACCCGCGGCCGCUGCCCCCACCAUGAACAGAGGCUUCUCAAAGAAGAGUCACCCAUUCCUGCCUAAAAUAUUUAGAAAGAUGUCUACUCAAUCAGCGAAAGAAAGACCUGAAAGCUUGCAGUUCCCCUUCCUUGACGACGAAGAAACCAUCUCCACCAUCAAAGAGUCUAAAACCUUUUUUAUCUUAAGAGGCCUGCCCGGCAGCGGGAAGUCCACUCUUGCCCAGGCUAUUCAAGACAGGUAUAAAGAUGCCUGCAAGGUCGUCUCUGCUGACAGCUAUAAAAUCACACCUUUGAUAAGAAGCACCAUUCCCGAAGAGUACUCCAAGGUGGACGAGGAUCUAGUUGACUAUUGCAAACGAGACGUCAGCGUCAUCGUUUUGGAUGACACUCACCACGAGCGGGAGCGACUGGACCAACUCUUUGAUAUUGCUGACAAAUACCGGUACAAAGUCAUCUUUGCUGAGCCCAAAACCCAGUGGCGAAUGGAUUGCUUGCAGCUGAAGGAAAAGAAUCAAUGGAAACUGUCAGCGGAGGAGCUGAAGAAGAUGAAGCCGAGUUUGGAGAAGGAAUUCCUGCCCAUGUAUUUCGGGUGGUUUCUGAGCAAAAGAAGUUCAGAGAUCCUGAGGAAGGCUGGCCAGGCCUUCUUAGAUGAGCUUGGAAGUCUCAAAGCCUUCAAAAAGGAGAGUAAAUACUUUGCUUCUGCCAUUGAAGACCCCAAAAUCAAAAUAGAUCUUACCAGCUACUUUGUGAAGAGGCCGCCCGGGGUCUUACACUGCACCACAAAAUACACUGACUUUGGAAAAGCAGCUGGAGCUGAGGAAUAUGCACAGCAAGCAGCUGUGAAGGCUUCCUACGGCAAAGGCUUCACCUUGGCCAUUUCUGCCCUGUUCAUCACCACAAAAACUGUUGGCGCUCGUGUCGAGCUGAGCGAACAGCAGCUGCUGCUGUGGCCUGGAGACGCCGACAAGAUCCUGCCCACCGACAACCUCCCCAAAGGCAGCCGGGCUCACAUCACCCUGGGCUGCGCCAACAGCAUCGAAGCAGUGCAGACAGGGCUCGACCUGCUGGAGUUUGUGAAGCUGGAAAAGGCAGGGAACAAAGGGGAUCAAGUGGGGGAAAUCGGAGGAGGGAAACUGCUGUAUUUUGAUAACGGGAUGUGGAUGCUGGUCCUUGCUAAAAAGAUCGAUGUGAAGGCGAUAUUCUCGGGUUACUAUGGAAAAGGAAAACUCGUGCCAACGCAGAGCACCAACAAAAGGGGCUCUGCUUUUAGCUCCUGCACCAUCAUCUAGGAGCGUGGGCAGGGUGGUGGGUGGGUUUGUUUUUGAAAGGCAAGUACUACUCCUGUAACCUUUAAAAGUGUAAAGAGAAAUAAUUCUACCUUUACUAAAGUAAGCCCUUUCGCCAACCUCCCCCGUGAAGCCUCUCUGGGGAGAGAGAGUUCACUGGCCUCCAGCUAAGGAAGAAAACAAACAGCUCCUGAGAGAGGAAAACUGUCACCUCACUGAUACAGCCCCUGAAAGCUGCCCAGUGCACACCAAGGGCAGAGUUUUGGAGUCUGCUUGUUUUCUUCCUCGGAGGAAGAUCAGCCAUGGUCUUUUAUAGCUUCCCUCUGAACCACACUCAUUAGAGUGUGACCUGUCAGCAGUGACAGACCAAAGCCUGGAUGGCCCCAGGCUCAAAGCCAAGGGAACUCUGUCUCUCCCCGUCUCCCCUCGACCCAGGGACUGACUUCACUCAUUGUAGCAGCGGAAUAACUGGGUGAAACCAGUGAGACUCGCUCGUGGAUUGCUGCUGUCAAGUGGGGCAGCGACAGUUUAGCCUGUAAGAGAACUCCAGGGCAGAGUUCCACAGCUCCAGCAUCCACAGCUCCCCCAGAGGCUGGUCCUGCCCCAGCUCCUGGUCACUGUGUCCACGUGAACACUCCCCUCAAGGCAGGGAGAGACUCGCUGAGGAGCAGACAGAAGGAAAGCACGUUGCUAGACGGUGCCUUAAACACAGCUACUGUGGACUUAAAGGGAAACAAAGUGGUGCCCCAGGGAAGGCAUUCAGUCCUGCAGCACAGCUCCAGCCACUCCAAGGCUCGAAGUGUCAGCCUCCUUGUCCUGUAGGGAACAAUCCUGCCUGGGCAGGGAGCGGAAGGGAUGAACAAAAGUCUCUUCCAUUUCAUUUUAAAGAACUAAAAUCACGUCUGAGGCACAGACCUGUACUUCAUGCAAGAUUUUUCCUCCUUUUCUCUAAUGCACUUGGAUGUUAAGUUAGGAUGGCAGUAACACUGUAAUUUAGGAAGUAAGUGGAGGUACAGUAACUGUGUAACUUAAGUCUGCUCAAACCUAAACCUUUGGCUGGAAAACCCAUUAAUGAUGGAGCACUCCUGUUAAGUCUGUUUUAGUAAAGCUUAUAUGUUUUUGCUCUGAGCCAGACCGUCCUCCCCAGUACGUGGGUACUGCUUCACUGUAACAAAGCUCAGCUAACGGCCUGGGGUCAGGACAGCAGUUUAAACUCCUGCCGUGGCUCUGUGCUUGGUGACUUGUGUAGUGAAAUUAACCCCCUAUUAACCUCUGUAAAUACUGACAGCGUUUGACGAGCGUGUACCUGAAGGAGCUGGCGUGGGGCCCUGUGCCGGGGAAGCCCCACGCUGCCUCUGCCAGAAGCGUUUCUCCUCUGAAGGUUUAAAACAGAAGCAAGGAGGGUUCUGGGUGGGAGGCAAGCUGGGAAAUGCUCUGCAAAGUUGAUCAAUGAAGCAACAUCCUUCCUGCUCUUCCAAAAAGAUGAUAAAUUCUCAUUAUAACACACUCCCCUCUAUAUUUAUACACAUACACACACACCUGUACCCCAGCAAUCCUCCCUUACCUUCAGCAGAGAAACCUUUGCUGCCUUCUGCACUGGCAGAGGGGCACCUGCCCAACUUGACCCUCAGCUCGGGUCCUUUGAACAGCAACCUCCCAUGGGUUUGGUCCCCACAGACCUGGGGAAGGCGGCUGCAGGCGCCUGCCCGGGACGGCUCCGCGGGACCAGGCAGCCCCUCUCCCUCUGCAGCCCCUCUCCCUCUGCACCCCAGGAACAGCCUGAUGCUACAGCUCCCAUCCAGCACUGAUGUGCACAGCUGGAAUAUCUCAUUUGUCUGAUCAAGAACAACAGUGAGACCUGUCUUUGUUUUAAGUUUUUAUUAGUUUGUACAUCAUAUACAGUUUAUAAUAAAGUAAACCAAUUGCAUAUG